AUGACAAAGACCGUCAUCGUUUUGGGUGGCAGCCUCGGUGGCAUGGCUGUUACUCACCGUCUGCUCAAGUACACGCGGCCACAUGAGGAAGACCUCAAGGUGAUUCUCGUGUCCAAGAACAGUCACUUCUAUUGGAACCUAGCUUCCGUCCGUGCCGUUAUUCCUGGCGUAAUCAAAGACGACCAAAUCCUCGCUCCCAUAGAGCCUGGCUUGGCCCAGUACCCGGCCGGCAGCGUUGAGUUCAUCGUCGGCGCCGCCUCCGCCGUUGACCCAGCGGCCCGCACCGUCCGCGUUGAUAAGGACGGCGGCCCGGGUCCGGUGCUUACAUAUGACCACCUUGUGGUCGCUACAGGCGCGGACGCCGCUGACCCGGCGCUCCCCUGGAAGGCCUGCGGUUCGCAUGAGGACCUCCUGACCAGUCUUCACGACACAGCUGCCAAGGUUGAGAAAGCCAAGCAUGUUGUCAUCGCUGGCGCUGGCGCCACAGGAGUCGAGCUCGCUGGCGAAAUCCGCUACGCCUUCCCAUCUACGACAGUGGUGCUCAUCUCAUCAGGCGACCACGUCGUCGCGGGGGAUCAGAUAGCAGGGUGCGUCGAGGCCGAGCUCCGCCGGCUGGGCGUUGAGAUCCGAGCGGGCGUGCGCGCCGAUGCCGCAACGGAGCUGCCGGACGGCAAGACCCGGGUGACGCUCUCGGACGGCGGGGUUCUUGAGACGGACUUGUACCUCUCGACUAUGGGACUCCGACCCAACACGGGGUUCUUGCCAAAGGAGUGGCUCAAUGCGCAUGGCUAUGUGGACGUGGACGAGGAGAUGCGUGUGAAGGCCGCUGGUGAUGGUGUGUGGGCUGCGGGAGAUGUCGUGUCCAAGCCGCGGGCGGCCUUCCUGAUCACCGACGCCCAGGCCGCAGGCGCCGCAAAGAACAUCGACCUUGCGCUCAAGGACAAGCCAGCACAGUCCGUGAGUGGCCCCCUCGUGGAUGCCUUCCUAUGCUCCACAGGUCGGAGCCGCGGAGCUGGGCGACUAGGAGUCGUGCCCGUACCGUCUCUCGCUGUGUGGGCAGUCAAGGGCCGUACUCUGGGUAUGCAGCGCACGCAAAAGUACGCGGAUGGGAGUAUGUGGUGA